AUGCCUGGAGUCCCCCCAGAUGCGUUCGACCAGGUCAAGAAGGCCUUCAAGGGCAUGUUCAGCAGAAGGAAGAGCAGGCAGGCCGCUGAACAGCAAUCCGCUGAACAGCAACCCACUGCUACGACGUACAACGAUCCGCCCGCCCCAACCACACCUCCGGCACCAGCACCAGCCCAAGCUCCAACUCCGGCUCCAGCCGCUGAGAGCUCGAAUAGACCUGCAUCUCCAGCGCCUGCAGAGCCAGCGCCGUCGUCUGGCGCUGCGGCUGAAAGCUAUGAACCGGCGGCUCCAUUGGCUCCGGUAGCGGAUCCAGCCGUCGCAUCCGCUGCACCUACAACAGCUUCAAAGGCUGCGCCCCCAGCUUCGGCUCCUACAUCCGCACUCGACGGCAGCUCAGACAACAGACCUACCGAGACGGAAGCUCAGCCAACGGGAGAGGCACCUCUACUCGCACCGUCAUCCCGUGAUCCGGCCCCGGGUAUGUCCGCUACCUCCGGCCCGCUGGACGACAACCCGGCCUAUACGGCAACCGGUCCUGGGAGGACCGGCCAGUAG